AUGACCUCGAACUCUCUCACUGGCAGCGCGCCUGCGCACAUGCAACCAUCUUUGCCAGCACUGCCUGCGCAUCAGCAGUCGGAUACGCACCUCACGGCCCAUCUCGCCAGUCGUUUUCAUGUGUCGUUGCCCACUGCAAGGCUCUCAUCCCAAGCCUUGAUAUGCCUCAACACCUAUACAACAUCCUCAAAAGGACCCAAUGGCCGCAAAGAGGGUAGUGCCAUGGGCGAGGCUGAAGAUUUGGCAAGAAGAGCAUGGACUAGACUUGGUAGUCGUGCAGAAAACCAGGCGGUCUUGUUCUUCGGUGAAUCUGGCGCUGGGAAGACGACAAUCCGGUCUCACCUUCUUUCUUCGUUCUUGUCCUUCUCUUCAACCCCUUUGUCCUCGAAACUUUCACUUGCUGCCUUCGUUUUCGAUACUCUCACCACUACGAAAUCAGUCACGACCCCAACAGCCUCAAAAGCUGGACUGUUUUUCGAGCUGCAAUACGACGCCUCUUCCACCCUCAAUCCUACACUUAUUGGAGGGAAGUUGCUGGAUCAUCGUCUGGAGAGGAGCAGGAUUGCGUCAGUGCCAACUGGCGAGAGAAGUUUCCAUGUGCUUUACUAUCUUCUCGCUGGGACGAGCGCCGCUGAGAAGACUCAUCUUGGUCUCGACAACGUAACCAAUGUGACGACAAGCGGUACCGGCUUGGCCAGGUCAGCGUCCGUGGCGCAUAAGAGAUGGCGAUAUCUAGGACACCCCACUCAGAUGAAGGUUGGUAUCAAUGACACCGAAGGAUUCCAGCAUUUUAAAACUGCUCUUCGGAAGCUCGAGUUUCCAAGAAGCGAAAUUGCAGAAAUAUGCCAGAUUCUUGCUGCCAUCCUCCACAUUGGACAGCUGGAGUUCGUGACCGGCCAAUCGACCACAACUGCUGCGGAAGAGAGCGGAGGUUACUCGCAUGAAGGUGGUGAAACAGUCACUUUGGUUAAGAACAAGGCUGAACUUGGUAUUGUUGCGGCUUUUCUCGGGCUCAGUACGCAGGAUCUGGAAACUAGUCUGGGCUACAAGACCAAAACCCUCCACCGAGAACGGGUCACAGUGAUGUUAGAUCCUAGCGGUGCUCGUGGGAAUGCGGAUGAGCUUGCAAGGACACUGUACUCUCUUUUGGUCGCAUAUGUAAUCGAGAACAUCAACCAGCGGCUUUGUGCUCCGGAGGAAUCUGUGGCAAACACGGUCUCAAUCAUCGACUUUCCCGGUUUCGCCCAAUCAGCAUCCACUGGCUCAACUCUGGACCAGCUAUUGAAUAACACAGCUACAGAGGCAUUGCAUAAUUUCUGCCUGCAGAGCUUCUUCGAACGAAAGGCUGAGACGCUGGAAGCGGAAGAAGUUAGCGUGCCAGCGACAAGCUACUUUGAUAACUCGGAUGCAGUGCGAGGUCUGUUGAAGCAUGGGAAUGGUUUGCUAAGCAUACUGGAUGAUCAGACCCGCAGAGGCAGGACGGAUGCCCAAUUCUUGGAAAGUAUUCGAAAACGUUUCGAGAACAAGAACCCGGCUAUCUCGGUGGGUCAAGCCACAGCGAUUAUGCCUGGCAGUAACUUCGCAACCACCAACACAUCUGCGGCAUUCACUGUGAGGCACUAUGCUGGAGAGGUGGAUUACCCAGUGGCGGGUCUUGUCGAAGAAAACGGAGACAUUGUGUCUGGUGACUUAAUGAAUCUCAUCAAUUCGUCAAAGAGUGACUUCAUCUGUCAGCUAUUUGGACAAGAGGCGCUGAAAACAGUCACACACGCGAAAGAUCGAACAGCGAUCAUGCAAGCACAAGUCAGCUCUAAGCCAUUGAGGAAACCCAGUAUGGCUAGACGGAAAGGCGAUCGACCUGCUCGCUUUGGUGGCCGAACUGCUACCGAACAGUCUGAUCCUGACGACAUGGAUGAUUCCUCGAGCAAUGCUGGAGCAAGAUCUGUUACUGGAAGGAGAGGCAAUCCGAUUGGCUUUAGCCAAGGUGCUGCGGCUCAGUUCUUGUCAUCUCUUGAUAACAUCAUAAAGUCUCUCAAUGCGCCUAACCUCAACUCCUACUUUGUCUUUUGCCUCAAACCAAACGACAGGAGGAUAGCAAAUCAAUUUGACAGCAAGUGUGUUCGGACGCAGGUACAGACCUUUGGUAUCGCGGAGAUCAGCUCAAGAUUGCGAAAUGCUGAUUUCAGUUUCUUCAUACCGUUCAGCGAAUUCCUUGGGACGGCCGACGCCAACUCUCUCAUUGUUGGCAGCGAGAUGGAGAAGGCCCAGUUGGUCCUCGAUGACAAGAGGUGGCCUGCCAACGAGGCCAAGAUUGGCAGCACUGGCGUGUUUCUAAGUGAACGAUGCUGGGCCAGCAUUGCUCAUCUGGAAGACCGGGGUCUACCGGGGUACGCGGAUGAUGAUGAGACACCAGGUAUUCCUGGCGAUAAGAGUUUUGGUGAUUCCAAAGUGCGUUUGCUUCACUCAACAGAGGGCGCGCCUUACGGCUAUAGUGAUGACCUUAAGGCUGGGGGCUAUUUCGGCAGCAAAGAGCUUGACACACGUUCAGAAGCUGGUGCCUCAGCCUUCAACUCCGGGGAUAUGUUUCGGAAUCUUGAGACCCGAGAACAGAUGGCUGAGAAGGGCAACGAGCGCAAAAUGCAAGAAGUUGACGAAGUUGAGGUCUCUGGCAGCCGGAAGCGAUGGCUCGCUGUGGUCUAUCUUCUGACCUUCUACAUUCCCGACUUCUUAAUCAAAUGGGUAGGACGCAUGAAACGCAAGGACAUCCGUACUGCAUGGCGGGAAAAGUUCGCGAUCAAUCUACUGAUCUGGCUGAGUUGCGGAUUUGUCGUCUUCUUCAUCGUUAUUUUUCCGCAGCUGAUCUGUCCAAGACAAGAUGUCUUUUCUGCCGCUGAGUUGUCAGCCCAUGAUGGGAAAGGGAAGAACAGUGCUUAUAUCGCCAUUCGAGGACAGGUCUUCGACCUGGGAGCCUUCAUGCCGUCUCAUUACCCAUCGAUUGUCCCUCAGUCGGCCCUCAGGAGAUACGCUGGCAUCGACGCAACGGAUCUCUUUCCAGUUCAAGUUUCUGCUUUGUGUCAAGGCAAAGACGGGUCUGUGGAUCCUUCAGUCCAGCUUGACUAUACGUCAACCAAUGUCACGGGAUCUGCCAAUGUGAUCAGCGCGACCGAUCUCAACAAGAAAUACCACGACUUCCGACACUUCCAAAACGAUUCUCGUCCCGACUGGUUUUUCGAGCAAAUGGUUAUGCUGAAAGCCAACUACAAGAAGGGUGAUAUUGGAUACACGCCCCAGUAUGUCAAUACGCUUGCCGGAAAACAGCAGUCCAUUGCUAUUCUCAACGACCGUGUUUAUGACUUUACGGACUAUCUUCGGGGCGGUAGGAGAACACUUGCUCCGGUCGGCGAAGAGCCUCCUCAGGGUGUCGACACCAAUUUCAUGCAUCCGCUUGUGGUUGACCUCUUCCGUCAACGUGCUGGGCAGGACAUCACAAAAUACUGGACUGCUCUUGACCUGGACCCAGCUCUUCGCAGUCGCAUGCAACUCUGUCUCGACAACCUGUUCUACGUGGGUAAGACAGACACACGUAACUCUGCGCAGUGUCUAUUCGCCAGAUAUGUCCUUCUUGCCAUUUCGAUUCUACUGUGCAGCGUUAUCGGAUUCAAGUUCUUUGCCGCUUUGCAGUUCGGGAAGAAGAACUUGCCUGAAAAUCUCGACAAGUUCAUCAUCUGUCAAGUGCCCGCGUACACGGAAGAUGAGGAUUCCCUUCGACGUGCUAUCGACUCGGCUGCUAGGAUGAAGUAUGAUGAUAAACGUAAAUUGCUCAUAGUGGUCUGCGAUGGUAUGAUCAUUGGGCAAGGCAAUGAUCGUCCCACACCUCGUAUCGUACUCGACAUCCUGGGUGUCUCAGAGACGGUGGAUCCAGAACCACUCAGCUUCGAAUCUCUUGGCGAAGGCAUGAAACAGCACAACAUGGGUAAGGUAUAUUCCGGCUUAUAUGAAGUCCAAGGUCACAUCGUGCCCUUCUUGGUGGUGGUCAAGGUUGGCAAGCCAUCUGAGGUUUCUCGACCCGGUAACAGGGGCAAGCGUGACUCUCAAAUGGUCAUCAUGCGCUUCCUAAACAGAGUCCACUACAAUGCACCAAUGACUCCCCUUGAGCUUGAGAUGCACCACCAAAUCCGGAAUAUCAUCGGAGUGAAUCCGACCUUCUACGAAUUCAUGCUACAGAUUGACGCCGACACAGUGGUUGCACCGGACUCAGCAACGAGGAUGGUCUCAGCGUUCCUGCACGAUACAAGACUCAUUGGCAUUUGCGGCGAAACGUCACUCACCAACGCGAAAUCAUCCAUGAUCACCAUGAUCCAAGUGUACGAAUAUUAUAUAUCUCACAAUCUCACGAAAGCAUUCGAGUCGCUCUUCGGCUCGGUGACCUGUCUUCCUGGCUGUUUUAGCAUGUACCGGAUUCGUGCAGCUGAGACUGGAAAGCCAUUGUUUGUCAGCAGAGAAGUCUGUGACGCCUAUGCAGACAUCCGCGUAGACACCCUCCACAUGAAGAACUUGCUCCAUCUUGGCGAGGACAGAUAUCUCACUACCCUCCUCCUUAAAUUCCACUCCAAAUACAAGACGAAAUAUAUCUUUAAUGCUCACGCCUGGACUAUUGCUCCUGAUAGCUGGAAAGUGUUCAUGUCUCAGCGUCGCCGCUGGAUCAAUAGUACCGUCCACAACCUGAUCGAACUGAUCCCUCUUCAGCAACUUUGCGGAUUCUGCUGCUUCUCCAUGCGCUUCGUUGUGUUCCUCGACUUGCUCUCCACCAUUGUUCAACCAGUUACCGUUGCAUACAUUGCUUACCUCAUAGUUCUGAUCUCGCUGAGCACCGACGUUAUCCCUCUAACAGCGUUCAUUCUGCUUGGUGCUAUCUACGGUCUACAAGCCAUUAUCUUCAUUCUCCGCCGUAAGUGGGAAAUGAUUGGCUGGAUGAUUGUCUAUAUCCUAGCUAUGCCUGUCUUUUCGCUCGGUCUUCCUCUGUAUGCCUUCUGGCAUAUGGAUGACUUUAGCUGGGGUAACACGCGUAUUGUGACAGGAGAGAAAGGAAAGAAGGUCGUCAUUUCUGACGAAGGCAAAUUCGAUCCUAACACCAUACCGAAGAAGAAGUGGGAGGAAUACCAGGCGGAGUUGUGGGAUGCGCAAACCCAGCGAGAUGAUGCAAGAAGCGAAGUCUCAGGAUACAGCUACGGCACUAAAUCCUACCAUCCUACCGCACCGUCAACCCACGGGGGGGAUUUCUCUCCCAACCCGCGCGCAAUGUCUCAGCUUGACUUUAAUGGUGGUGGAAUCCACUAUGCUAACAACAAUGCCUCAAGACUCAGCCUUGCCGCUAGCGAUGCAAUGCUCAUGGGAAAUGGGUUAAGUCGAAGGCAGAGCGCGAUUGAUGUGGAGAUGUCUGAUUUGACAGGCUUGCCGACGGAUGAUGCCCUCCUGAAUGAGAUACGCGAUAUCCUGCGGACGGUGGAUCUGAUGAGUGUGACAAAGAAGGGUGUUAAGAUGGAGUUGGAGAAGAGAUUUGGUGUGAACCUUGAUGGGAAGAGGGCAUAUAUCAGCAGCGCCACGGAAGCGGUGCUGUCUGGUCAGCUUUGA